UGUGACCCUAUUUUUUUUUGACUUUGCAACCUUUUAUUCUCCACUCUACUGUAUUUUCCUAAUGUUCUACUCCAUUACCCGACAUGUUGACGAGGCCCUGGUGCAGGAGACCUGGCUGACGCUCAACAAGCGCAUAAAGGCUGAUAUCAUCGUCAUGUGCCUGGAGCGCGGCCUUCCCACCGAGGGCAGCAAGUCGCAGCUCAUCCGGUCGCUCCUCGACUGGAGCACCGACACACUGCCUGUCCCCUGCCCCUCGCUGCCAAACCUCGAGCAGCUAAGCACCCGCGAGGCCCAGCUGCUGACCAACGCCGAGGCCUCGGCCAGCUCCGUUGAAACCGACGAAAUCCCCUUCUCGCAGCUCGAGUUCCUGGAGAAAAUCGGCUCCGGCGGCUUCAAGGACUGCUUCCGCGGCACCUACCAGAACAUGCCCGUGGCCAUAGGCGAAAUCCGCAUCGCCAAUUUCUCCACCGCCGAGUUCGACGAGAUUAGGCAUGAGAUUAAUGUGGUCAAGCAGUUGCGUCACGAGAAUAUUGUCAAAUUCAUUGGCGUCUCGGCGUACAAGAAGCGCCUGUGUAUAGUCACCGAGCUGUGCGAUAAAGGGGAUUUGUUCGACUUUAUGAAGCGCGUACCCAAGCCGCCGUUCGCCCAAUUGAUGAUGCUGAUGCAUGAUAUCGCCUUGGGCGUCUCGUAUCUGCACACAAGACGGCCUAGCAUCAUACAUAGGGAUUUGAAGUCGAUGAAUGUGCUGAUUUCCGCCGACAACCGCGCCAAAAUCAACGACUUUGGCUUGGCCCGCAUCCGCCCGCGCAUGAACACCAUGGUGCACACUGCCUGCGGCACGCCCAACUGGCAGGCGCCCGAGUUCUGGGCCCUCAAGCCCUCGUACACAGAGAAGGUCGACGUCUAUGCGUGCGGCCUGAUCUUCUGGGAGAUCCUGCAGUGGGGCGCCGCACCCUACCCCUACCAUGACAUGACCGAGCACGAACUCUACAUCAAUGUGCGCGACCACGGAUACCGCCCAUCAUUGGCAAAACUGCAGUCUUAUCCGCGUGAACUACUCGACCUUGUCCAGCAGAUGUGGGCACAGAAUCCGAAUACCCGCCCGCCUAUGACGCAGGUUGUCGAGAAGCUACUCGAGUAUCUUUCUUGAAUACUGGAAUCGAGUACGCUUUUAUUUGUCAAAUCUGAAGUAGUAAAAUAUACUUUAU